UUAAUUAUUUCAGAAACGGUACAGAAUUUGUAAUUGAUUAUAUUUAGAAAACUUUUUAUUUCAUUUUGCUGAAGCUUAUAACAAAUUUUCAUUUUCACGAUAGUUCCCCUUUAAUGACUACUAGCUAGUGUUUGGGAAGCCUCUAUUUAGUUCAAUAUACCACUAUAGUAGUGGGGAGCUUUUGUGAUCUUAAUAUGCCGUGCAAACAAAGAGCAUUUUACUCCAUGGGAAUUUGAGAAGUUUCCAAUGAAUAUUUUACUGCAAUUCUUGAGUUUCACUGGCAGAGAAAACAUUCUUGAGGGGAGGUGGGAAUAACUGUCAUCCUCACACAGGGUGCAGCCUUACACCAUAAUUGUGGUCUUCUCUGUGAUCUACACCUGGUGCUGUCUGAGUUGUGCUCUGUGAGACUCCCAUCACACUUGCAGUUGUGCGCAUUGCCCUGGACUGAAUUCUUCUCUUCCUGGAGGUAACCCAUUGGAAAGCACUGUUCUGCUCCUGCUGACUUUGUCACUGGUUCCUAAUGGGAGGCUGUGGCUCUGUGCCUACAGUGGCCUCUGGUGAGGGUGCAGAUGAGCCAUUACCUGAGGGUGUAGAAGAACAGCUGAGUUCCGGUGAUGGCAUUUUGGAACUGAGUGGUCAUAAGAUGCCACGUCUUCCAGCAUCCAUCUGUAACCUGUCUGAGAUCCUAAAUAAGCUUUACUUGAGUGGAACCAUGAUAACUGAACUGCCUGAUGACUUUUACCAACUAGAAAACCUGCGAACACUGGCACUAGAUGCCAAUAAACUACCAGAGUUGCCAGAGGCUCUGUGCUCCUUGCCAAACCUAGGUCGCCUGUAUAUAGGGGCCAACCACCUGCAAGGACUUCCUAUGUCUUUUGCAAGACUUCAGAGUUUGCGGAUAUUAUGGAUUGAGCGCAACUUUUUAUAUCAGUUUCCACGGGUGCUGCUGAGUAUGCCUGGACUGCGAUGUUUACAGAUGGGGGAUAACCGCCUGAAGGGGCUUCCAAGUGAAAUAGCAACUGCCAUGCCCGGACUGAAAGGCCUCUGGUUGUAUGCAAACCGAUUUGAUAGGGUUCCCAAGGUUCUCCUGCGCUUACGUGGCCUGGAAAUUCUAGAUCUCGACAAAAACCGCAUAACAGAAUUCCCUGACAUGAGUAGAAUGAAGGGACUGCGUUUGCUCUCUUAUGACCACAACCCUGUGAAGGGGCCACCCAAGGUGGCAGAGACUGUGACUUUAGUGGGAGAGGGUGCUCAGGAGUUUAUGGAAGAGCGAGAAGAGCAGAGGAAACACAGCGAGGAGGAGGAACAAGAGGAGAGAGAAAGAGAACAGCAGGAAGCAGAGAACAAGGAGGCUGAAGGGGACGAGGAAGAAGAGGAAGAGGGUCAGGAAGAGGAACUUUAUGAAGAGGAAGAGGGGGAGGCUGAGGAAAGAGAAGAAAGCCCCAAUGGCAAUUAUUAUCCAGAGUCUGAGGAAGAAGACUACUACCUUGAGGAGGAGCAGGACUACAUGGAGGAUCAAGAAUAUUAUCCGGAUGAGGGACAGUAUUAUAACCAGUGGUACAAAUAAACAACGUCAUUUAGGGAGGAGUUUAGUAAUGAAGGAACAAUAAUAGCAAUAUCAAAAGAGACAUGGCAAUUCUUGAAUAUGGAAAUCUUUUGGCUGUUUUUAUUCUUUAAAACUGCUUAUAGAGUUGCAAUUCUGUCCUUAUGAAAACACAGGAAAAGUUACAUAUAAGUUAAUGCAAUAUAUCAG